AUGUCCAAAGGAGAAAACUCAGACUCAAAUGAGUACUUCAACCUAGGAACUCACCACCGCAGUAUAACAAGCACCCACCCCGGAACCCAAAAAUGGUUCAACCGCGGCCUAAUCUGGGCAUACGCAUUCAACCACGAAGAAUCAGCAACAUGCUUCUCACGCGCCAUCGCGCUGGACCCAGACUGCGCAAUGGCCUACUGGGGCCUUGCGUACGCCAUCGGUCCAAACUAUAAUAAACCGUGGGAGUUUUUCGAUGAGGAUGAGCUGAGUAAUGUCGUUAGAAGGGGGUAUGUUGCUGCUAAACAUGCUGCGGCUAUUCUUGAGAAUGAUAGUAGUGGCUCCGCUGUUGAGAAGGCGCUUGUCGGCGCUAUUCAGUCCCGAUAUCCGGAUGAAAUACCUUCAAAGCCGUGUUCCGCGUGGAAUGCGGACUUCGCAUCGGCUAUGAAAUCCGUCUACGAUUCUUUUCCGCAUGAUCUGGAUGUUAUAACCAUCUACGCCGAUGCGCUUAUGAACACGCAUCCAUGGACUCUGUGGGAUCUACACACUGGCGCUCCCACAGCCGGCGCGCCAACACUUCAAGUCAAGAACCUGCUCGAUGGCGCAUUGGCACUCGAAGGCGCACUCCGCCACCCCGGUCUGCUACACUUAUACAUCCAUCUAAUGGAGAUGUCACCAUCCCCCGAGUCGGCACUCCCCAUAGCCGACCAUCUCCGCGGACUCGUCCCGGACGGAGGACACUUGCAUCACAUGCCCACUCACCUCGACGUGAUCUGCGGACAAUACCAGCGGGCUAUUGACUCGAACUCGGCGGCAAUCGCUGCCGACGAGAGGUAUGUGACUAAGAUCGGGCCGCGGAAUUUUUAUACCCUCUAUCGAGCGCAUAAUUACCAUUUCCGUGUUUAUGCGGCUAUGUUCUCGGCGCAGUUCCAAGUCGCGUUGGAUACGGUCUCGCAGCUUGAGGCGGCUAUUCCGGAUGAUCUGCUCAAGGUCAAGUCUCCGCCUAUGGCGGACUGGCUAGAGGCAUUUGUAUCGCUGCGUGCUCACGUCUUGAUUCGGUUUGGACGGUGGGACGAUAUUAUCAUGAACCUGCAGCUCCCAGAUAAUCAGUCCCUCUACUGCACAACUACAGCAAUAACCCACUACGCAAAGGGGGUAGCCUUCGCGGCGACAGGCAACAUCCAAGCAGCGGACCACCAGCGCCAGCUCUUCCAAACAGCCGUGCUCCACGUUCCCGACUCGCGAACGCUGUUCAACAAUAAAUGCAUCGAUAUCCUAGCUAUCGCCCAAGAAAUGCUAGACGGAGAAAUCCACUACCGACGCGGUGCCAUCGAAACCGCAUUCACGCACCUCCGCCGCGCAAUCCAUCUCGAAGACAACCUUCCCUACGACGAACCGUGGGGCUGGAUGCAGCCUACUCGGCAUGCCUAUGGCGCGCUGUUACUUGAGCAGGGCCGCAUCCAGGACGUGUUGGAUGUAUACCUCGCCGAUCUGGGGGUUACGGAUGUUUUGCCGAGAGCAAUGCGCCAUCCUGAUAAUGUGUGGUCUCUCCAUGGGGCGCGCGAGUGUUUGCGCAAAUUGGGGCGUGGGGAGGAGGCGGAAAAGAUGGAAGGGAGGUUGGCUGUUGCGGGCGAGAAGGCGGAUGUGCCUGUUGAGGCGUCUUGUUUCUGUCGUGUUGGGAGGGGGAGGGGGAAGGUUUAA